UCUUCCCCUCGUCCUCAUCCAUCCCCCACCGCCGCAGAUAAAAAUCCAAGGAAUCGAAGGCCCCAGCGCAGUACUCCGCCACCGCGCGCUCCCAUGGCGCCGCCGCCGCUCGCCGCGCUCCGGCCGGCGACGUUCCCUCUCCCGGCCCUCCCCUGCCCCGCCGCCACCCGCCGCGGCUGCGCCGUCGCCUUCUCGCUGCAGACCAACGUCCGCCUCCUCAAGCCCAACCGCCGCUCCAGGCGAUCCCGGUACCCCUACUACGACCACGACGAGGACGACGACGAGGAGGAGGCGGACGAGUUCGAGUUCGAGGAGGAAGACGACUACGAGGGCGAUGAUGAUUUAUCGGGUUUGGAGUAUCCUGGUGUACUUUAUUCAAACAAUCCCCGUGCUCCAAUUAAGAAACUAGUUAGGGAAAAACCAGCGCUAAAACAGAACUGGGAAGGAAGACAACCUAAAACACGAAGCAGAUAUGACACUCCAGAAAAAAUUGAUGCCUUGCAUGCCAAGAGUAAAGCUAGCAGAUCAAUUGGUCUUGUGGACACAGACAAUGAAGUAGAGUUGAAGAAUGAAAGUAUCUCUAGAAGCAUGUUUCACAAACUUCAAGAAGAGUAUGACUUUGAUGAUAAAUGGUUACCUCUAGUUGAUUACUUAUGCACAUUUGGGCUGAAGGAAUCUCAUUUUACCAACAUGUAUGAGAGGCACAUGGCCUGCUUUCAAAUCAGUCAAGCUUCUGCAGAAGAAAGGUUAGAGUUCCUUCUAAGUGUUGGUGUUAAAAGCAAGGAUAUGAAGAGGAUUCUUGUUAGACAACCACAAAUUUUGGAAUACACUCUCAGCAAUCUGAAGUCUCAUGUUGCGUUUCUGGUGAGCAUAGGUAUUCCGAGUGUACGGAUAGGUCAAAUUAUUUCUGCUGCUCCAUCAUUGUUCUCUUACAGUGUUGAGCAGUCUCUCAAGCCAACUGUAAGGUAUCUGAUUGAGGAAGUGGGCAUUGAUGAGAGUGAUAUGGGGAAAGUAGUGCAACUAAGCCCACAGAUUCUGGUCCAAAGAAUUGAUAGUGCAUGGAAAUCUCGAUUUCUUUUUCUAUCAAAAGAAUUAGGGGCUCCAAAAGAUAAAAUUGUUAAGAUGGUCACAAAACACCCACAGCUGCUUCAUUACAGCAUUGAGGAUGGACUAUUACCUCGAAUCAAUUUUCUUAGAAGCAUUGGCAUGAGAGACACUGAUGUUCUAAAGAUAUUGACAAGUCUGACUCAGGUGCUGUCUUUGUCUUUGGAGGAAAAUCUCAAACCAAAGUAUCUUUACUUGGUCAAUGACCUUAGAAAUGAUGUUCAGUCCUUGACAAAGUAUCCUAUGUACCUGAGCUUAUCCCUUGACCAGAGAAUCCGCCCCCGACACCGUUUUCUUGUUUCAUUGAAGAAAGCUCCAAAGGGCCCGUUCCCUCUUAGCUCCUUUGUGCCUACGGAUGAGCGAUUUUGCAAGCAGUGGGCUGGGACUAGCUUAGAGAAGUAUCAUACAUUUCGGCAGAGCAUGCUGCUCAAGGGUUUUGCAGGGAAGACUGGAAGGAGAACAUUAACAUCGAGGCGGUAGAUGGUUUGAGAUUGAGAAGCAGGUUGUUAUGAACAUAUGCCACACCGAUGAGGCCUAGGUUGCUGGGCUGGUAUUCAAUCAUCAGCAUUCAGCAGACUUUUAUACCAAUAUCAUAGAUACAUCACUAACUACAGCUUAGACUUCCUUUUUAUUUUUACUCCUUUUACAACAAGGUGUAAAUUCAAUCGAAAAGCAAAUGGAUGUUCCAGGAGUCCAUCUUUAGGAUCAAAAGGGAUGCACCACACAUGGUUGAUAUGGCACUUUGUUGUCCACUACCAGGGUCAUAUCACCUUGACUAUUAGCUAAUAUUAACCACUGUUGGAGAGAAUACUGUCUAGCAAAACUACAAGCUAACCAUCUAGACAUGUUAGGCAGCAUUCUGUGUUGCCGUACGCAUGUAACGUCGUUUAAGCUUGAUGCUUUGUUUGGACGGAUGUAAAUGGUGGGAAUUCUGUCACCAGUUCGGUAUGUACUUUCGUCGCUUCAAGCUUGUUAUGGUUGAAAUUGCUUUGUGUUGAUGUGGCU